UCCACAACUUCAAACUACUCCAAAACCUCAGAAUUAAUUAGAAGAUGAAAGCAGAGAAGGAAAACGUGACGGGAAAUGAAGAAGAAAGUAUUAAUAAGAUGGUAAAGCAAAAGAGGAAGCUUGGUGGGAUCAAAACCAUGCCAUUCAUUCUUGCAAAUGAGAUAUGUGACCGAUUCGCCGCCACUGGUUUCAAUGCCAAUUUGAUAACAUACUUAACAGAACAACUCAACAUGCCACUGGUGAAGGCAUCCAACACCCUGACUAACUUCGGUGGUGUUGCUAGUUUUAUGCCCAUUAUUGGUGCAAUUGUUGCCGACUCUUUUGCUGGUCGCUACUGGACCAUCAUCAUCGCCUUGCUCAUUUACGAACUGGGAAUGAUCCUUGUGACCAUAUCAUCAAUCUUGCCCCAGUUCCGACCACAACAAUGCCCCACUCAAGUGAACUGCAAAGAAGCGUCACAGUCUCAAAUGUCGGUCCUUUAUAUCUCCCUCCUUUUAACAUCAGUUGGUUUAGGAGGCAUACGGCCUUGUGUCGUUGCAUUUGCUGCAGAUCAACUAGACAUGAAGAAACUGAAAACUCAAGCGAAAAACUGGAAUUUCUUUAAUUGGUACUACUUUUUGUUAUCACUAGCAAGUCUGUCUGCACUCACACUGGUUGUGUAUAUACAAGAUAAUGUGAGCUGGGGUUGGGGUCUUGGGAUACCAACGAUUGCAAUGGUCGCUGCGUUUUUUGUGUUUUUAAUAGGCUCCCCAAUUUAUCACAAAGUCAAACCUGAAGGAAGUCCGUUUGUUAGACUGGCCCAAGUUAUGGUUGCUGCUUUCAAAAAGAGGAAAGUCGUGUUACCAGUUGAUGAUCAACUUCUUUAUGAAAACAAAGAGCUCGAUUCAAGUAUUUCUAAACAUGGCAGGCUUGUUCAUACCCAUCAAUUAAGGUGGUUUGAUAAGGCUGCAAUAAUAACCCAAGAUGACACCGACCUCCUUUCAAACUCACCGAAACCUUGGAGGAUUGCUACUGUCCAUAGAGUUGAAGAACUAAAAUCCAUCAUUCGACUGUUGCCAAUUGUGUCAACAGGAGUAAUAUAUGUGAUGGCGUACUCGCACCAAAAUAGCUUCACCAUCAUGCAAGCUCGGACCAUGGACCGACACCUGGUCAAAAGUAGCUCAUUUGAAGUACCUGCGGCUAGCAUGGCAGUCUUUGAUGUCCUAGCCUUGAUUGUUUCCAUUGCCUUGUAUGAUCGUUUAUUUAUCCCCUUUGCACACCGCAUCACAAAGAACCCUGCGGGCAUCACGUGUAUACAGAGGAUUGGCGUUGGCUUCAUCAUAAGCAUCUGUGCAACAUUUGUCGCAUCGUUUGUUGAGGUUAAACGAAAACACGUAGCAAGUGAUCAUAAUUUACUUGACAAGCCAACUCAGAUGAUACCGAUAAGUGUGUUUUGGUUGAUCCCUCAGUACUCACUUCAUGGUAUAGCCGGAGCAUUCUUUUAUGUUGGUAAAUUAGAGUUUAUAUAUGAUCAGGCACCGGAAAGUAUGAAAAGCACUGCGUUGGCUCUUUAUUGGGCUGCAAAUGGAUUUGGACAGUAUGCGGGAACGUUACUGGUUACUAUGGUUCAUAAGUUUACUGCAAACGGAAAUGGCGGAAAUUGGCUGCCUGAUAGGAACAUAAAUAGAGGUAGAUUGGAAUACUACUACAUGGUUGUAACUGGUAUACAAGUAGUAAACCUGGUAUACUAUUAUGUAUGUGCCUGGCUCUAUACCUAUAAGCCCUUAGAAGUAAUACCAAAAAGUACGGAAGAUGGGGACCUAGAGUUGGUUGUAGAUAGCUCAGUAGUCAAUGUAACGAAGUAAGAAAUGUCUACCAAACGAUCUUCUUAGAAGAUUAUAUAUAGCUACUAAUAUCACAAUUAUUAAGAGAGAUCACCAAAGAAUGUAUGUAUUAAAAUCCGAUGUCUAUAUUCAUGUACUUGAGCUUUUAAAAACA